AUUUCGUCGAGCCUCAUAUAGGUCGGUACCUACUCGGCCAUGUGCGUGACUCAUGGGACUUGGUGCAGGUUCAAGUUCAACCUCGCUGGUUGCUGCGCAGGACAGAUGAGGAUCAGGAGCAAAUUGGAGCAUGGGCAGCAUCCGGGCAGCAUGGUGCAACAUGAUCCAGGGCACAGCUAUAUAGGGACAAAAGGAACGAAGAGAGGACCAAGAUCAACCAGGGGCGGCCAUCAUGACGUUUGAGCGCGUCAGUGGGGAAUGUAUGAGCCAGCGUGAAGUCAAGGCAGCAAAAGGCAAUCCUCUGGAGACAAUGAAGAAGUUUCUUAUAUGAUGAUCCGCACAUGAUGGCACUAGUGCUGCGUUUCAGACACGGGCCGUCCGCCCAAUCCUGUGUGCAAAAGGUCACGAAGAAGGCGACAGACAGCCGACUCAUCGUCCAACCUAGGUGACCCCCCAGCUUAGGGCCUGCGGCAGCGCGCUGCCAGCAAUCGCCCUCCGAGAUCGCAUUGCCGAUGGGAUGCAUAGGGUCCAAGAAUGUGACAGAGACGAGACGACCCCCCGGAUACGAGGAGCCUGAAGUUCUGGCCAGUGAAACAGCAUUUUCUGUUAGCGAGGUUGAAGCGCUUUAUACACUCUUCACCAAAGUGAGCAACAGCAUCAUCACAGAUGGGCUCAUUCACAAGGAGGAGUUCAUGCAGGCCCUCUUUAAGAAUAGCAACACAAACAACCUCUUCGCAGAAAGGGUUUUCGAGCUGUUUGACAUCAAACGCAAUGGCGUCAUCGAGUUUGGCGAGUUCGUGCGCUCCCUCAGCGUGUUCCACCCCAGGGCCCCCACCAACGACAAGCUGGCCUUUGCAUUCAAGCUUUACGACCUGCGCCAAACGGGGACGAUUGAUAUCGUCGAGGUGGAGAUGAUGCUGACUGCGUUGAUGAAGGAGACACCCGACCUGGACUUCUCCGACGAGGUCAUCCGCCACAUUGUCGAACAGACCUUUGCGGAGGCGGACACGAACCAGGACGGCAAGAUCGACCAGGAGGAGUGGGCGGUCAUGGUGGAGAAGCACCCCAACAUCCUCAAGAACAUGACGCUGCCCUCGCUCAGGGACAUUACAAGCGACUACCCGUCCUUUAUCUUCCAAUCGGGAGUCGAUGAUGCCCCUAUGGAUGACGAGUAGAUAAUGAGGGCGGGCUUUAGAAAAGGGGGGGGGCUGUUUUCAACGAAGUGCGGUGCUGCAGCUUUGCUCCUAGGUGUUGAGAGAGAAACAUUCAUUGCAGAAGAGUUUUCGACAUUUGACACAAUCCAAUUAAUCUGCAGAGACGAAGUUUGUGAAACUUCAGCUUCUUGCCUACUUAUGUUUUACCCCUUGUGGGAGCCGGUGACCAGAAUUCGAGCAAUCCCAGAUCGACUCGUUGUUGUAUUUUAGAUGUGUCGACCAUGUGCGACUUCAGUUUUGUAACUUGAAGCUUGAUGGGUCAAUAGAGACAACGCAAAAGGCUGGGCCUAUGCGACCAAAAGUGCGAGCUAGUCGGAAAGCCAGCUACAAAGGUCUCCAAGCGGCACUGAACCAUGUAAUCGAUCAUUGAUUUCAGUUGAAGAAGGAUGACUUCUGCCGGAAGUUGAACCGGGCAAAGGACUGCUAGCUAGUGCUUUUCUCUUUUCAUGCAAAACGGCGUAUAGCCACUCGCGAC